AAUAUCUUUCUCCAUUUAGAUCGAUUUUAUAUGCCUGCGUAUUUAACAUAAUCAUUGAAUAAAAUCAUGGCAGCUGCCAGUAAUGAGGAACUCCAUCCUCUGGAUCCUGGAAUCUCUAAGCUGCAGUUUGCACCCUUCAGUAGUGCCUUGGAUGCAGGAUUCUGGCAUGAACUAACCCAGAAGAAACUCAAUGAGUACCGAUUGGAUGAAACUCCAAAAGUUAUCAAGGGAUACUACUAUAACGGUGAUCCUUUGGGUCUGCCAGCUCGCUUGACACUGGAGUUCAGUGCCUUUGAUAUGAAUGCUUCAAUACCAGCACGUUGCUGUCCUGCUUUCGGAACGUUAUAUAACACUAACACUUUUGAGACUUUCAAGUCCUGUGAUAAGAAGUCACUUCUGGAAAAAGAGGCAAAUGAGAUAUGGGAAUCAAUAAAAUCUGGGGCUGCUCUUGAAAACCCUAUGCUCUUGAACAGGUUCCUGCUGCUGACAUUCGCAGAUUUAAAAAAGUACCAUUUCUAUUACUGGUUUUGCUACCCUGCUCUCUGCUUCCCAGAUGGAAUACGUAUCAUUCAGAAACCAGUCUGUCUGGGUGACAGAUUCGCUUUAAAUCAGAUUCAAGCACUUCAGAAAGCGUAUGAUGAACUUUGCCGGGCAGAAGGGGUUACAGCAUUGCCUUAUUUUUUAAUCAAGUAUCAUGACAAUUCUGUGGUGGUAUCUCUGCUCAAAAAGUGGGAUGGUUUCUUCCAAGACGAAGGGGAAAAGGUGACAGUUGGAGUUUAUGAUCCAUGUAAUUUAAUCCACUAUCCAGGAUGGCCUUUGAGAAAUUUCCUGAUCCUGGCAGCUCACAAAUGGGGCAGCCGUCUCCAGUCAGUUGAAGUGCUGUGCUUCAGAGACAGGACCAUGCAAGGAGUGAGAGACAUAACACACAGUAUUAUCUUUGAAAUAAAGCUUCCACAGAGAGCCCUUGGCCCAGAUUGUCCAAAGGCUGUUGGAUGGGAGAAGAAUCAAAAGGGAGGCAUGGGACCAAGGAUGGUGAAUCUCAGUGAAUGUAUGGAUCCAAAAAGGUUAGCAGAGUCAUCAGUGGAUCUUAAUUUGAAAUUGAUGUGCUGGCGGUUGGUCCCUACUCUGGAUCUGGAGAAAAUUGUGUCUGCCAAGUGUCUGCUGCUAGGAGCUGGUACUCUGGGUUGUAGCGUUGCAAGGACCUUGAUGGGUUGGGGAGUCAGGAAGAUUACAUUUGUGGACAAUGCAAAGAUCUCCUACUCCAACCCUGUACGACAGCCACUGUAUGAGUUUGAAGACUGUCUCAGUGGUGGGAAGCCUAAGGCGCUUGCAGCAGCAGACAGGCUGCAGAAAAUCUUCCCAGGAGUGAAUUCAGAAGGAUAUAACAUGAGCAUCCCUAUGCCAGGCCACCCAGUGAAUUUUUCUGAAGUAACAAUGGCACAGGCUCAGAAGGAUGUGGCUAAACUUGAACAGCUUAUUGAUGCGCAUGAUGUUAUUUUCCUACUAAUGGACACUAGAGAGAGUCGAUGGCUUCCUGCUGUCAUUGCAGCCAGCAAGAGGAAGUUGGUCAUCAAUGCUGCAUUGGGUUUCGACACAUUUGUUGUUAUGAGACAUGGACUAAAGAAACCAAAACAGCAAGGAUCUGGUGAUUCAUAUUUCAACAAUGCCUCUGGUUCUUCUGAUCUUCUGGGAUCAUCACUUUUUUCUAAUAUCCCUGGCUAUAAACUGGGUUGCUACUUCUGCAAUGAUGUUGUGGCACCAGGGGAUUCUACCAGGGAUCGGACAUUGGAUCAGCAGUGUACAGUCAGUCGUCCUGGAUUAGCCAUGAUAGCUGGAGCUCUUGCCGUGGAAUUAAUGGUUUCUGUUUUGCAGCAUCCAGAAGGUGGUUAUGCUGUGGCCAGCAGUAGUGAUGAUAGAAUGAAUGAACCACCUACUUCUCUUGGACUUGUUCCUCAUCAGAUACGUGGUUUUUUAUCAAGAUUUGAUAAUGUUCUUCCAGUCAGCCUGGCAUUUGAUAAGUGCACAGCCUGCUCUCCCAAAGUCCUUGACCAGUAUGAACGAGAAGGGUUUAAUUUCCUAGCUAAAGUUUUUAAUUCCUCACAUUCCUUCUUGGAAGAUUUGACGGGUCUAACUUUAUUACACCAGGAGACUCAGGCUGCUGAGAUCUGGGACAUGAGUGAUGAUGAAACAGUCUGAAAGCCAGCUGAAUAAGGUGGAGGAUGACCUACUUUGGACUGCAGUGCUGCCUUUAUCUGUUAUUUGACAAGUUGAUGAUUGCUUACCUAUUCUCACAGUUACAAGUACAAACAAAUAUAACCUAUAUUCUGACAUGAAUAUCUAAACAGUAAAAGCGGUCUGCUAUGGGUGUAAUUCUCCACGUUUUCAUUUUCGUUAUGUAAAUACUUAAAGCAAUGUGGUUAUGCUUAAAUAUCCUCUUCCUUUUUUUUCCUUUUAGUUUCUAAAUAUGGCUUACAUAUAAAAUAUGCUGCUUAAGUAGACUUCAGUGUUGUAUUUGUCCUAGAUUUUAUUUUGCUUGUUGAUAGACAUGUCUAAACAGCAUGUCUGACUCUUUUUAUCCCUACAAGAUUUGGGCCGCUUUAGGUAGAAUUUAUUACUAAAGCUGAGAAUAUUUUGCUAUGGGGAGUUAAGCUGCAUCUUUAUUUAAAGGAGACAGGGAAAUUACAGAACCUGCACUACAGCCUACACCACAUUGCUUGCUCUUUCAAAGUACAUAUUUGUAGUACAAUUGGUUUCCUUUUCUUUGUUACAGUGCGACGAUUCUUGCCUCUAUCAAUUGAGUUGUAAUCCUAUGUAAAGAUCUCCUGAUUUCAUGCUAUAGGUAGCAUGUGGUUUGGCUUAUAUUUACACAGGAAAGACCAAAGCGUGUUGGUAUCAGGCUUAGGCUGUCCUGAAGCUUAGAGGAAGAUCUGUUACACAGUCAAAAUCACUUUGGGGCUGGAUCAGUGAUUCCGGCAGAGCUUAUAGAGAAGUGCAUUAAUGAAUUAAAGUAUUGUUUCUCUAACUUUGC